AUGAUUUGGGCGGUCCUAGAGUUGUUCCGUCUGAAGAUAAACGCAACAGCUACAGAGAUCCUUGAGUCAGCUCCAUGUGGCGGUGAAGAAACAAAGGGAGAUGAAGGCGUUAUAAACUAUGACGAUGGAACCAGAGAGAGGCGGAGAGUGCUAGCUGCAUCUCAAUCUCAUAUGUGGACUGGAUCAAAGAAACGGACGAAACGGACUGAUGCAUUGAGGGUAUUGGUGGAAAUGAUAUGCAGCUUUUUUCUCAGCUCGUGGACAGGAGUUGUCAUAUAUCACAGGCCACGGCCUAGCAUCCGUCCUAAGCAGGAUUUAUGCAAAGCACAAUAUUGGAGAGCAUCUUAUAUCUGGUUCCAUCGUUCCGAGGUGAUGCUUGGAUACUUUUUAGCAGCCUCUCGACAAGACUCCAAGAGCAAACCAUCUAAUUAA